AUGGCACCGUCAAUCGACGUCUACGAUGAUUCGUCCAAGGAGAACCGAACCGUGGCUGCACUUGGCAAGACCAAGUCUGGCAAGCAAUUGAAGAUUCGUUCCUACCCUGGACUCAUCCCCCUCCCCAAACCCCGAGAGAACACCCAAUUCCAGACUCAACUUACACAUCCCAAGCCCCACCAACCUCACCCCCGAACAACACCGCCUCUACCGCAAACAACACCUCGCCGCGGCUUCCGCGUCUUCGCAGCCCGCGGCUUCGACGAAGGCGUCGCCGGCCACAUCUCCGUCCGCGACCCGAUCCUCACCGACCACUUCUGGCUCAACCCGCUCUCGCAACACUUCUCCCAGAUCUGCGUCAGCGACCUCAUCCUCGUCAAUGAAGACGGCGAGGUCGUCGAAGGCGAUGAACCCAUCAACGCUGCCGCGUUUGCUAUUCAUAGUGAGAUCCACAAGGCGAGGCCGGACGUGCAUGCCGCGUGCCACGCGCACUCCACGGCGGGGAAAGCGUGGAGCGUGUUCGGGAAGGAGUUGAGUAUGAUGACGCAGGAUAGUUUGAGGUUUUGGAGGAAUCAUGCUGUUGUGGAUAGUGCGGCGUUUUGGUUUAUGAGUUUGGAUAAGACUUGUCAGGCGCAGUUGAUGGUGGAGGCGGCGGAGGCUGGGGGGAGGGUUAAGAGGACGUUGAUUACGGAUGAGGAGGCGGAGUUUUCGUAUGCGCAGGUUGGCACGGAGGAAAAGGGGUGGUUGGCUUUUCAGGGGUAUUACGAUGAAGUGUUGGCCAAUACGAGGGGAGAGUUUCUGAAGUGA